AUGCCUAAUCGAGUUUUUUUAGAGCCUUCUGGUAUUAAGCCCUGUUACGAGGAAUCUGAUGGUGAUAAUAUCCCAAUCCUCGAGAAGGUGAAGAAUUUGCAGAUUAAGUUUCUCAAGAAAACACCUGAAUUUUCUGUCGUCGAGAUCGCCGGGCUAGACGUUUCCUUCGCCAACGCGCUAAGAAGGAUUCUUAUUUCAGAAGUUCCCACUCUUGCCGUUGAAACUGUACAGAUAUACCAGAAUACUGGAGUAGUCCAGGACGAAUUGUUGGCACACAGGCUUGGAUUAAUUCCCUUUUCAAUCGAUCCAGAUCUUUUUAAUUUUAAGAGUAGUUCCAAGAAUAAUCAUUGUUUUGCAGAUUGUGAGGAGAUAAAUGAUAAAAACAGUGUAUGCUUUAAGCUCAAAGUUAAGUAUAAUAAAUUCGAUCAAUCGGAAUAUCUUUCCAUAUAUAGUAAUGAUUUGAAAUGGGUGCCAUUAUCUAAUAAUCAAGAGAUAAUGUUUAAGGAUAAUCCUCCGAAACCAGUUUAUGGCGAUAUUUUAAUUACUAAAUUGGGUCCAGGACAGGAGAUAGAUUUGAAUAUGUAUCUUGAGAAGGGGAUUGGGAAGGUGCACUCAAAGUGGUCUCCAGUCUCAACUGCCGUCUACAAAUUCAUGCCCAAAAUUGUAUAUAACGUUGAUAUUUUAUUAGAAUUUUCUGCCGAUCAUAAGUUAACUGCUACCGAGAAGAAAAACUUACCAAAGAUUUGUCCAAUGAAUGUUUUUUCGUAUUCUAAAGGAGAGGUGAAUAUUGAGAAUCCGCUGAAUUGUACUAGUUGCCGCCGUUGCUUGGAGUUGUACCCCAAGAAGAUAAUUAUUUCAAAACUGACCAAUCAUAUUAUUUGUACUUUUCAAUAUUUUAAUCACUUUUCAGUUUCUAUUGAAAGUUCAGGUUCUGUUACAAGCUACGAUUUAUUACUGGUAUCCCUUUACGAUUCUUGUUCAAACAGAUAG